GAGGGAGAGCGGCGGCGAGUACAGAAUGAUGAGUGACGAGUGGACGGAGAGCGGGCAAGAUGACCACUCAGCUUUGGUGCCGAAAGAUUUGCAGGCUGAUCAUGAUUGAUUUCCUGCCAAUAGCUUUUUACAAGCUUUGUAACAUUCUCUGCUCGUGGGCAGUACUGCAGCUGUAUUACUAUGUGCAACACAGCACCAAGAAUCAGCACGAGCUUCCUUUGCUUCCUCUGUGUUUAACAUAAUGCAUGCUAUCAUGGGAAGUGGUAUUCUGGGUUUGGCAUAUGCAAUGUCAAAUACAGGUAUUAUUGGCUUCAGUCUCCUAUUGCUGUUUGUUGCUGUUAUGGCUGCAUAUUCAGUACACUUGCUGCUCGUGUUGUGCGAACAAACUGCACUGACUACUUAUGAAGACCUUGGGUUUUGUGCCUUCAAGACAACUGGAAAGGUUAUGGUUGCUGGUGCAAUACUGAUCCAAAACAUCGGAGCUAUGUCAUCUUAUCUGUUUGUCAUAAAGUCUGAACUACCUGCUGCAAUUGCUGGUUUCCUACACAACAGCUAUAAUGGGACUCCCUGGUAUCUUAAUGGACAGAUUCUCCUUCUCAUUACUGUUAUCUUUGUUGUUCUGCCUCUUGCUCUUCUUCCUAAAAUAGAAUUUCUUGGUUAUACAAGUGGUUUGUCCAUCUUAUUCAUGGUCUACUUUACCAUUGUGGUUGUGGUUAAAAAAUGGUUCGUUCCUUGCCCGCUGUUUAAUGGCACUGUGAAUUACUUUCAGAACUUUAGUUCUGAUGAAUGUAAACCAAAGCUUCUACAAAUUUCAUCCAAGAGUGCAUAUGCAAUUCCAACAAUGGCAUUUUCAUUUCUCUGCCAUACAUCAGUGUUGCCAAUUUACUGUGAACUCAAAAGGCCUUCAAAGAGCAGGAUGCAAAAAGCGGUUAACAUAGGAAUGAUUCUGAGUUUUUCGAUCUACAUGCUUUCUGCCUUGUUCGGCUACCUGACGUUUUAUGCCAAUGUGAACUCUCAGUUGCUGCAUAGUUACAGCCAGUAUCUGCCACGGGACCACAUUAUUAUGUCAGUUAGAAUAUGCAUACUCUUCUCUGUGCUUCUGACAGUGCCUCUAAUCCAUUUUCCAGCAAGGAAAUCUUUUAUGCUGCUAUUUUGUUCAAGCUGCCCCUUCUCAUGGUUGUGUCAUAUACUUGUCACACUUGUUAUUCAGACAGUGAUUGUGUUAUUGGCAAUCUAUGUGCCAAAUAUACAAAAUAUCUUCGGUGUAGUUGGUUCCACAACUUCAACUGCUUUACUAUUUAUCUACCCUGGACUCUUUUACAUGCAAAUAAGCAGAGAAUCUUUAAAAUCUUCAAGGAAGCUUAAGGCUCUAGGAUUGAUUAUUCUAGGCAUUCUCAUUGGGGCAGUUAGUUUGCUUGUUAUCAUUAUAACCUGGCUGCACAAUGAAAAUUGAGCCUAAUCAAUGGAAUUUGCACAAAGUGAAAUCACACAACUCAGGAAGUCAUCAGUUGAGCAGUGAAAUCAACUUUGCAAAUGUGUAUUUUCUUUCUCCUGACUUACUGGCAAUAUGAUGACAAGUGAAAUUACCUUUUGUUAGAAGUGGGAUCAGGUCCUUUGAAUCUCAAUGGAAAUGAAAAUAAAACUUGUGACUGGGCGUUCAGAUUUGUGCAGGAUCAAAAAAAGCUUUGCUUAUGUUCAGUAACUAUUCUCAAUUGGGUUAGGGUAGGAAAGAAAUCAACUGAUGUGAAGCCAUAUUACCAUGGAGAAACUUCUACCAAAAGGCAAAUCUCUAACAUCGUAAACUGAUAAAACUCCAUUUCAGUGACUGGUACAAUGUUUUGUAACUUUAAUUAAAUUGCAGUAUAAAUAUUAGUGAUUUAUGGUAAGUUUUAUAUAUUUUUCUUGUAAUCCAGAAUGGUCAGUUGAAAUUAAAUAUUUAAAACUAAUCUUUAUUGAUUAAAUGUGCACAUAAGGUGACAUUAAAUUUGUUCAGACAAAAGUCAAACAGUAUUAUUGCAUACUUAGGUUUACUCCUUAACCCAAAGUUAUCACCCAUAGAUAUAUUUUGCACUUUAGUUAUGCAUUUGAUUCCUUGCGUACCUGUUAAAAUAAUGUUCAACAUUAUCUUGACCUUGUACUAGUAAAUAUGGGUUAAAGGCCAUUUUUUUUCUGCUUUUAACUUUGUUUAAUUAAAGUUAUAUCAAUAGAAUACUAAGGGAGAGAAUGAGUUCUGAUCAAUUUUGACACCAAACUUUUUUUUUGUCUCGAACCAGUGAGUAAUAAAUCAAAAUACAGAAGUCUUUUAAAGUGCUGCACUCUUGCCUAACUUCACGUUAACAUUAUAUAAUGAUGCAAAUUACUAAUGUGGCUUUGAUAGUCCAUUUAGAAAAUUUUUCCCUUGAUUAACAGUUUAAUGUUUUAACUGAUGGGUAAUAUGGUUAACAUUUGUCUUGGUUCUAAGUAAACUGUUUUUUAAUAAGUGAUUUUGUUUAAAUGUUUUUGAAGUCAUUCUGCUUGGCAGUUAACACUUGGACUUUGAAUGAUCAAAGGCAUACAAUAGCUGUCACUCGGUUAGAUUAAUGUUGUUUAUCCAUUCAGCCAGAUUAGGCUGCACAUAAAAAUGUCGCUGACUGCUGAAGUGCUACUUUUAUUCACUAGUGUAACUAAUUUUUUUUUGUUUAUUACUUUGUACUAGCCACACACUUGUUUCCCAAGUUUUUGCAUUAAAGUAAAUUUGCCAUUUUAAAAAUUUGAAAUCCAUCUUGCCUUUUGAUCUUAACCUCUAACAGUUGGUUUUUUAAAAUACUGGUUGCAUA